AUGUGCGCCCAAGAUGUUUUCAUAUCGUUUUUGGGAAACGUUCUUCGAGAAAUCGAUGAAAUCGGUGGGAAAACAGAGACACGUACCCCAGUCGAUUCACAGAAUGUUUUCUUGCUACGAAAUAGCCAGAUAGAAGCAAUGGCAGACCACUUCGAGAACAGUGGAUUAGGGUCGCGGGAAGACGCCUAUAUGUGCAUUAUUCCGAUGUUGGUACGAGAAUCGAAGUUACCCGGAUCCGAGGAUGUCUUGACCGCAGUUCAGGAUCAGGUUGCUGUUUAUAAAGAUGACGGCAAAUGGGAGGACGCUGAACAACUACUCCGAUGGAUGUGCGAUAACUCGGACGCGGCUCAAAUGGUUAAGGCAUAUAAUAUGCUUGGAGAGCUAUACCACUCGGCAAUGCUACAUUAUGAGCAGAGUAUUCAAACAAUUGGGUUUGACGGGGUUUGCAAACUGCUGAAGUGGGUCUCAGAGCUACAAAACCAAAAUUCAAGUGUAUCGACGCUCGUUCAUCAGUACGGCUGGAUCGGAUUGCGCAUAGCCAUAAAAGCCCAAGACGACCUGCAAAAGAGCAAGUUGAAAUUAAGUGGAGCAAAAGAGGAUUUGGUACCGGACUACACAGACGAUUCAUACCUAUGGGAGUGGGUCAAAAAAGAGAACACGGCGGUGGUGAAACACCUCGUUAUAAAACUACAAUCUGACAACGUAAAUGGGGAAAAGGAUAAGGGUGGUCGAAAUGCAUUGUCCUGGGCCGCACAAAAUGGAAAUUUCGAUAUGACGGCAACCCUUCUCGAAAAAAACGCAGACAAAAAUCUUUAUGACGAUAACAAUCGGACGCCUUUAUCCUACGCUGCCGAAAAUGGACACCAUUCAAUCGUUGAGAUCUUGUCAAAGGAGGGCUUAGACUCCAUCAAUCUGGGUGCAAAACACACCGACGAAACGGCGUUGAUGUUAGCAGCACAGAAUGGCCAUGAGACCAUAGUGAAGCUUCUGCUGAAGGUACCUUAUAUCAGAAUAGAUGUCCGUGAUCAAAAUGGGGAUACUGCCUUCUUGCGUGCGAUAAGGGGAACCCACCAAAGGACAGCACUACUACUAAUAGAUAAAGGAGCAGAUGUUAAUGCGGUAAAUAAGAAGUACGAAACAGCACUUCAAAUAGCAGUUAAGAACCAGAACCCGAACCUAGUAGAACUAUUAUUACGAAAAGGGGCGGACGUGAAUAUGAAAGCAGACCGGGGUUGGACAGCACUCAAGGAGGCAAUAAAGCAAGGACACCUGGAGAUAGUACAAAUAUUGAUAAGUAGCGGGGCGGACACUGAAGAAGCGGUCGAGGACGCAGUAGAAACGGGACAACGAGAGAUGGUAAAACUACUAAUCGAAAAUAACGCAGAUGUCAAUGAAAAUUAUGGGGCAGCGCUUGGACAUGCAGUCGAGAUGCAAUACCGAGACAUAGUAGAAUUGUUGCUUCAAAAUAACGUAGAUAUUAAUGCUAAUGAUAGGGACGCACUUCAUAUGGCGGCCUCGAGGGGAUACCGCGAGAUAAUCGAGUUGUUGAUUCAAUAUAAUGCAGACAUCGAAGGGGAUGAUGGCAGAACGCUCCAAUUUGCGGCUCGGAGCGGACGUCGCGAGAUAGUAGAGUUGCUGAUUCAAAAUGGCGCAGAUGUCAAUGAGAAUCACGCGGGAGCGCUCCAUUCUGCGAUCGAAAGGGGGCAUCACGAGAUAGUAGAGAUUUUAAUUCAAAACGGCGCGGAUGUUAAUGCGAACAAUGGGCAAAUACUCCAACGGGCAGUUUGGGAAGAACAUCGCGAGAUAGUAAAGCUUUUGAUUCAAAACGAUGCAGAUGUUAAUGCGGAAAAUGGGAAAGCGCUUCAAUAUGCGGUUGAGAAGGGAAACCGCGAGAUAGUAGGGUUUUUAAUUCAGAAUGGCGCGGAUGUUAAUGCGGAUAACGGGAAAGCGCUUCAAAUUGCGGAGUGGAAGGGACAUCACGAGAUAGUAAAGUUGUUGACUGAAUUAAAGAAUGCGCAGGCUAGUGUGCAGAAUAGUGGUGGUGAAACGGAACCCAUGUUGUCUUAG